AUGAAUGCUGAGAGUUGCGUGCCGUUCUGCGAUCCGACGGCUGCUACCAUGGAUUCCUUCUACAACGCCGCCUCGCAAGGCAGCGUCGACGGCUCCUCGCCUUUUAGGGCAUUUCCCGGCAGCAGCGACAAAUUCAGCUCCGCUUUCCUGGCCAGCAAAGGACAAAGCUUUGGAGACAGCGGAGGAGGAGGCGGCGGUAGCAGCGGCAGCAGCAACAACAGUCCCAAGCGCCGGAGCCGCUACAGCCAGCCGGAAUGCCCGUCUCUGGACGGCAGCGGCGCGCAGCAGCCACAGGCGCUCCCGACCGCCGCCGCCGCUUCCACCACCACCGCCGCCGCCGCCUUUAACAAGUACCACUUGCAGCCCCCGCCGCCGCUCUACGGGCAGCGCGGCUCUUGUAAAAGCCCCCCGAGCAGCAACCUCAAGUUGCAGGACGCCAGCGGCCACAACGGAGCCCUGCAGCUUUCUUGCUUCGCUAAAGAAAGUUCACUGGGAGAGACUGAACUACAGCCAGGAUCUGAUUCUGCUGGAAUGGAUAGUAGUUAUCUCAGCGUGAAAGAGACCAGUGCGAAGACGUCCCAAGAGAGGGCAAGUAAUGAUCUUCCCAGUCCAAUGGACAAGACUGAUUCGGAGAGCAACAAGGGCAAGAAGAGGCGUAAUCGCACCACCUUCACCAGUUACCAGUUGGAAGAGCUGGAAAAGGUCUUUCAGAAGACCCAUUAUCCAGAUGUCUAUGCCAGAGAGCAAUUAGCCAUGAGGACAGAUCUCACUGAAGCCCGAGUACAGGUUUGGUUUCAGAACCGAAGAGCAAAAUGGAGAAAACGAGAGCGAUUUGGUCAAAUGCAACAGGUUCGCACACAUUUCUCCACUGCCUAUGAGUUGCCUUUGCUAACUCGAGCAGAAAACUAUGCCCAGAUACAGAAUCCUUCCUGGAUCGGCAACAACGGUGCCGCCUCCCCUGUGCCUGCCUGCGUAGUGCCCUGUGACUCGGUGCCUUCCUGCAUGUCUCCCCAUGCUCAUCCCCACACCACCGGAGGAGUCUCUGAAUUCCUGAGCGUCUCGGGUCCUGGCAGCCACGUGGGGCAGACGCACAUGGGCAGCCUCUUUGGCGGCGCUGGCAUCAGCCCCAGCAUCAAUGGCUAUGAGUUGAACGGCGAGCCGGACCGCAAGUCUUCCAGCAUUGCAGCCCUGCGGAUGAAAGCCAAGGAGCACAGUGCCGCCAUAUCGUGGGCAACAUGACAGGGCUGCUGCUUUUGCCCUCGAGAAACGGACAUCUCAAGCAGGACAGAUGACCCAAACCCUCCGCUCUUGGACUGGGGGCAGUGUGCGCCCUCCUCAGAGGUCUGAAUGCAGCACUUUUCGCUUCCUUAGAGAGAAUGGCAUGGUGCCGAUUGCCGUUUUUGGAGUGUUUUAAGCAUGUAGGCCUUUUUUUAAUCCCCUUUCCCAGGAAGAGGAAUGUGGAAGUCAAGAGGGGAUAUUUCUCCUGCAUCAGACAAACUUGAGUUUUCAAUUCCCCUUGUGCUGUUGUUCUCCUGAUUGCAAGUUUGCCGUUGUUCUUGCUCUAUCUAGCAUGAAAGCUGCCUCCCACCAAGGCUUCCAUCAUGCAAUCGUUGGCCUUUUUCCACAGAAUUAUUGGGGUGGGGUGAGGAUUCCAAAGUGUGCUGUCUUUCUUUUUAAAUAGUCCUGUAUUUUCCCAUGACAUCCUCCCUCCCUUCUUCCUUCCCCCCUCUCCUGCUCACAUUUUUGGCUACAGAAAGUCUAUUAAAGUGGAGGUGGGUGGGGGAGAAAUAGCUACACAGGGUUCCUUGAUUGGUAGCAUUAGGAGCCCUCCAUCUGGAAGUUCAUCUGAUUUCUCUCUCUCUCUCUCUCUCUCCCUCCCUCCCUCCCUCUGUGUGUGUGUGUGUGUGUGUGUGUGUGUGUGUGUGUGUGUGUGUUAAACAAACAAGAAAACAAAGGCCAACCCACAAUUUCUGGCUAAUUGCUCCCAUGUGAGCUCUUUUGAAACCCUCAUAUUUUAAUGGAACAGAAGGGGUUUAUAUAUGAUCUCUAGCACCAAAAGGCAUGUGGUUGCUAUCACUAUAGAUGGCUGGUGCCAAAGUCUGAGGAGACGGGGUGCAUUUUCAUUGGGAUAUCCUAUAACAAAGUUGCCAUACUGCAACAGGAAAUUUGUCCACACCUUAUCUUCCACGUGAAUUGUGUGAGUUGCUGAGUUGCUUUAUGUCAUUUUUUUCCUGUCGUUUCCCUCCCUUCAACCUCCUGCAAUGCAAUAAUGCAUAGCCAAGGGAUGCAAUAAUGAAGACACGAGUCAACUGCGGGUUCAAUGAAAGGCAUGCUAAGAAUAUACUGCCCCUCAACAGAAAUUGGGGGGGGGGGACAUUGAGCUUGUCAACUGGAAAGCUAACAGCCUGGGUUCAGUGUGCUACACGAUGGGGUGAGCUCCCUUUAUUUUCCCCAGUUCUUGCCCACUCAGCCGUUUGAAAGCAUGAAAAUGCAAGCAGACAAAUAGGUACCAUUUUGGCAGGAAGAUAACAGCAUUCUGUGCACUUCAGUGAAUAGACAUGCUGCCAUAGGACCACAGAGGUGUCUUCCGGCAAUGCUGGCUCCCUUGUCUAAGAAACAGAGAUGAGCACUGUUCCCUAAAGUCGGUCAGGGGAAACCUUUACCUUUAAACAGAAAUUACAAAAAGAGACGUACUUCUCCUCAGGGCAACUUUGCAAUCAUAACCCCAUGAUUCUGACAACAAGCCAAGGACUCUUAGGCUGAUGUAAACCAAAUCAACCUUUUUUAUAUGCUACCAAGCGUUUUGGAACACUAUGACUUUGGUAGCCCGUCCCCACCACACCAAUGCAUUUCUUGCAACGCCAGUAUAACCAGUUGUGAGAAUUUAAUUAAUUAAUUAUCCAUGGUUGGGUAUCCAUUGCCUGAUGUUUGGUUUCAAUGUCGAACGAAACAGGGAGAAAAUCUGUGGGCAAUAAAGGAAAACGUCUCCCUAAUUUCCCACCAUCGGCCUGCUCUUGCAGCAAGCUCAGUUCUGAAAGAAGACCAGUUUACAGGAUUUUCACUUUUAGGUUGAUAUUUAACAUACAAACUUUGGAAUAAUAUCUAAAGAGUUGGGUGGUGCGGAAGAAAUUGUAUGCCCACUGCCAUGAGAAAUAACCCACUUCAAUUAUUGCCUUUCUGCUGUCACUAUCAAGUUGUUUGUUUUUUUCCAACUCCAGUUCCUCCCCACUCAGUGGAGGUAACUCAAAGGCCUAUCUUGAAGAAAUAAAGCAAGGGGGUGGGGGAAGCGGUUUCCCUCUUUGUUGGAAAUUCUUUUUCUUCCAGCCCAAAGCGAAGUAGCAGACACAGGCCUGCCUCAUGUUGUUCCCAUUCAUCAGGAUAAUCACAUUUUCCCAAUUUCCAUAUGUUUGCCCUCUUUUAAAAAAAAAAAGGAUCAAAGAGAUUUAGGUCCAGCCAGCUAAGAUUCGGUUCAAAAAGCUGAAACAGUGCUUGGGUUUUUGCAGUUUCUCCAACAGGCAUUCACAUCCACUAGAGGAGAGAGACUUAAUAUUCAAAAUUGUCCAACUGGCUUUUAAGGAGUGUUUGUUGGGUUAGUAACUACUGGGCUUUUUUCCUUUUUUCUGGCCAGCGGUUGCUUGGCAGGCUUUGCCAUUGAGAUAGUGUAGAUUUUAAUGGGCUUCAGAGGAAAAGCAAGACUUUCACCAUCCUUAAGGCACGAGCCUCCAACCACCAGGAAGUCUGACCUGCGGAUAACCAUGCUAUUCAUGAACGUGCCCCUAUAAAGCAUCCUGGAAAGGGAAGCCUGCCGCUGGGGAUGCAUAUAAAGAAACAGCCAUAACACACCAAGUACACAGAAGUCCAGGAUGAGUCUGUGGCAAAUCUGAAAGAGGGGCAAGAGAGAGGAUGAAUUCAUUUUAUAGGAAUGGGGUACAAAAAGCAGUGGUAUACUUGACAGUUAGGGAGACAUCUCCUCCUCCUCUCAUGUGCAUUGUUAAUCCCAGAACAUUUCUUAGGAGCCCCAGUAUUUCUGACCAGCUGUGGGAAUAAGACGUCUUGCCCAUAGCAUGCAGAGUAAAAAGGCCUAAACUUUUAUUCCUUUAGAGACCAGGUGCAUUUUUCAAGUCAAAAGCCACAGUUAAAAAAUAUUUUUUUAAAAAAGCAAAUUAGUCAAUAUUUUGAAGUUCCGUUGGAUUCAGUGGGAAUUCAAAGCAUCAUUAAACUUGUUGCCCUGUGGGGUAAGUAUGAAGAAAAUUUUGUAAGUUAUCAAUAGGAGUGCUACCUUCAGAAAGGCAUUUGAGGUGGUCAAAAAAUGAAAGAGCAACUGUUAAUUACGUGUUGUGCUGUGUUUAAAGACUGUCCCCUCAAAAAAACAACAACCCACCAUUCUUUUUUUUUUUUAAUCUAUAAAAUCAACAUUGAACCAUCCCAAGCAGUCAUUACUUUCCAUGACUGGAGAUCAAUGAGCCAUCAAAUGAUUUUAAGGCUAUCCAUGAGAAUUAGAUCUUGAACU